GCCUGGCAGCCAAAGAUUUCUUCCAGCACAGGAACCACUGGGUCUUCUCUUUCGACAUGACCUCCAUUUCCAGCAGCUCUGACGUGAGGCUGGCUGAGCUCCGGGUCCACCUGCUGUCCUUCUCCCAUGCUGACAAUGUCACUGUGAGCAUCUACCACAGCCAUGAUGGCGCAUGCCACAGGAACUGGACCUGUAAGGACAAACUCUUCCUUGGCUCUUUCACCAGCAGCUCCUCUGUCAGCGAUUCCUCUUGGAAAGUCUUCAAUGUCACCAACUUGCUCCGCUUCUGGCUCCAUCAAGGUUUGCCAUCAGGCAAGGACACUCUUGAAGUCCUGGAGCAGGAGUGGAUGGAGGAACAUCUCACGAAGUGCAACGAUGGAGGAGAAGCCAGUGAGUUCCAGAACGAAAGCUGUGGCCAGAGCAACUCCAGAGAAGCUCAGCAAGCAGUGACUCAUAAUGUGAUGGAUAGAGUCCUCCUGGUUGUCUUCUCCAAAGAUAAAGAGCUGAUGGAGCCCUCUCGGGGCCCAAGUCUCAUCCGGACGGUGGAGAUGUCUAAGCACAUUAUAUUAGACAAAUCAUCCAAGGAGGCUGGAGGCCGUCACCGUCACCGUCACCGGAGGAAUAGGAAGCAAUUGCAAAGGAUUAAGGAGAGCAACAACACCCACACUUCCAACUCUGGGGAAGAAGGUCGGCCUUUAUGCAAGAGAGUUGAUAUGAUGGUGGACUUUGAGAAGACUGGCUUUGGAAAAUGGAUCCUGCACCCCAAGAAGUACAAUGCGUACCGGUGUGAAGGGGAAUGCCCAACGCCGGUGGAUGAGACCUUUAAGCCAACAAACCAUGCAUAUAUGCAGAGCUUGCUGAAGUUUUACCAUCCCAGCCGAGUGCCUUGUCCAUCCUGCGUGCCGGUCAAACUGAGCCCUCUCUCCAUGCUUUACUAUGAGGAAAGUGGGGUGAAGGUCCGUCACCAUGAGGACAUGAUCAUUGAUGAAUGUGGCUGCAACUGACAUCUAUGGACUGGCUUGGCUGGUUAAGGGGCUUCUAGCAACCGGCUCCACAAGAUCGGAACUAUCUUUUCUUUUGGAACAGAAACCCUUCAACAUAAGGAGAAAGAAUUUUUUUCAUCAGAUAGAGAUCAAGCUAUGUCAUGGCCACAUAAUAGAAGAUAGAGUAAGGAAGAGGGACAUAACUUUCUUCUGGGGUUUUGAAGCCAAAGUUGUGUUGCGGGACACAAGAUUCUUAUGGGGCUGAGCCUGCUGUGAAGAGGAUCAUCCCAAAAACAUGGUCCCCAGAGCUGGCUCUAGGUUUCAGGGUUGGGAGAGGUUGCAGCAUUGCUUCUAUACACUGUCAUUUUAAUUUCCCUACAAUGUUCCUGAGUAAUGUGGGAGAUUAAAAUCAUAAGCCUAAGCCAGCUUCCCAUUGCAAAUUUGGUUGAAGGGUGGCACUACCAGAGCAGAAAUCUGUUGCCAGUCCUGCUGCGGAUCUCAAUUGACUGGCAGUAGAUCCAAGGUGAACAAGAUAUACUUUGAGAAAGUUACUUUGGAACUACAAUUCCCUUUAGGCUACUUUUUGCAGCUCCAGGAAUUUUAGUUUAAUCAAGUAACUUUCCCAAACUCUGGGACAAGAGAAAAUAUCUUUUCAUGCUUAGAGCUGGGGAAAGUUUUUCCUUGGGUAACUAUACCUCCCAGAAUCCUCCUGGCCACCAUGGAAGGAUUUUGACAGUUGUAGUUUUAAAAACCAACUUUCCCAAACUCUGCACACAGUUUGUCGAACUCUGUGUCCCAGAUGCAGAUGAUGGCAAAUGGCACUGACAGUUUUAAGCAAGCUGUUAGAUUUACUGAUGAAUAUGAGGCCUAUUGAUGGUUGUUGGCUAUGACAGAUGUACAGGAAUUCCAAAUUCUGGAGCCAAUCUCCUUUGAAUAGCAGUUGCUGGGAGGGAAAUAACAUGGAAUGGCUGUGGCCGAUUCAUCAGACAUCUUAUGUUCUUAGAGGUGCAAAACUGUUGGAGAGAUUCACAUAAUUGUCUUGAACAUGUUGGAACUCAGAAGGCGUUCUUCUAAAAACCCUUCAAGUUUCAUUUAGGGUGGUGUUACUGACACUUGGAGAAAUGUGUGGUGGAUAUUAUCCUAAGACCAUCCUAUUGUGUGUUUACUAAGAAGCACAGUUUGGGGAAAUUACAUUUGGGGCUAUAGCUCUCAGGAAUUCUCAGUCAAUAUUGGCCAGUGGCCAUGCUACAGUAGGCCUAUUGAAUCAAUGGGAAGUUUGCAAGUCAAUGAUUCAGUUGACCUAUUGGCUCUACUGUUGUUGUAACAACUGGAUUUAGGUCAUUCCAAGCAGCCACAGUGGCAUUUGUAACAAAACGUGUAGUAACAAAUGACUUUGAAUUAUACAACUGUCAUUGAUGUCUUUAAUAAAUGCAGUACA